AUGAUAAAAUACAAGCCACCACAUUUCUGUGCCGUGGAGAUAAUUAAAGCAGUCUUGUGCAAUAAGAGCACAUACUAUGGCAGAGAGCUCCCAGGUGUUGUACAGUGUCCUGGGCGUGUGUGGACAGAACCAUCCCCAAUCAUUCAGAUGGGCCAGGAUUUUUCUAUAAACUGCCAUUCUUAUUCAGAACAUUGUCUGGGAGCAAAAUUAUAUAUGCACCUAAAUGGUGAACACAUUGAGGACAGAUUAUUGUCAGUUAUAAACAAAACUACAGUUCAGUUUCAUCUUCGUGGUUAUAAAAAACCAUUUUCUACUGCCGUUUGUUAUGUCAGUUGUCCUGGAAAGGCUACCAGCACAUUAAUAUGUGGAACACAAUUUUGCAUGGGCUAUCUGCCUGACAAGCCAGUCAAUGUAACCUGUGUCAUAUAUGAGCAUUCAUUUAAUCUGACGUGCAGCUGGGACCCAGGCAAGGACACACAUUUAAGCACUCACUACAAACUAUAUUUGAAAAGUUUACAGACAGACGAGGAACAAACAUUUUCUUCAACCAGUGCCUUGAUUAUCAUCCCUUUGAGCCAACUUCGGAAAAACCAAACAUUUUCUAUUUGGGUCCAUGCUGCAAAUGACCUGGGCACAGUCCAUUCAGAUCAACUGCAUAUUAACCUCACAAAUCUAGUUAUUCCAGCUACACCCAUUAUUACAAAGAGUGAAACUGAAGAAUAUCCAGUAUUUAAGACCAUAAUACAGUGGGAAAAGGGAACCACAAUCAAUAGCACUUAUUGUGAAGAACGAUACAAGGAGCUGGCAAGCGAAACCUGGCAUGUUAGAGAAUGGAGAGUUGAUUUUAAAAGGAAGCAUCACACUGAGUACAACUUAGAUGCGAACACAAAGUAUGAGUUUCAAGUUAGAUGCAGAUUAACUUACACUGGAAGCUUUUGGAGCAAAUGGAGCAAACCGAUGACAUAUACGACUCCAGAGGGAGAACCAUCUCCAUGUGACGUGUGGAGGUAUCUGGGACCAGCCUACCAAAAUGGUAGUCAAGAAGUGACCAUCUUAAUCAAGCCAUUUCAUCCAAAAGAAAGCAGAGGCAGAAUUCUGGAUUAUAGAGUGUACUAUGAAAGCCAAGGAGAAAUUAUGACUCUGUGUAACACAACAGAGACAAAAUGCAAAGUUCUGGUGCCUGCUGGUGUAAGCAUGGUCUAUGUGACAGCACGCAACUCAAAAAGAAGUUCCAAACCUGCAAAUAUUACACUGAAUCAAGAGCCCUCAAAUUUCCAUGAUUUCCCACCCCCUCUCAAUAUGACAGUAAUCUGUGAUGAGCAGAAGGUAAUUUCUGUUAAGUGGGAACCUCCUAAAUCCACUGUUAAAAUAGUUUUGUGGUACAUUGUGGAAUGGAUUCCUACAGAUUGGAAUGAUCAUUACCAUCAUGAUAUUGUGUGGGGAAAAGUCUGCAUCCAAAAUGCAUCAAUGUAUAUCCAAGGUAAGCACAUCAGUAUGAAAAGAAAUUUAAACAUAUCAGUUUAUGCUGUCUAUCAAGAUGGAGUCAGCAAGGCCUGCUCUUUCCAGUGUUAUACAAAAGAGUUAUCAUUGGAGAAAAAGCCUCAGGACAUACAUGCCGAUAAUUAUCUAGAAAGCACCUCUGCAGCUAAUGGGGUUCCGUUCUCACCUAUACGCGCAAAUACGGAAACCGUGGAUAACAAAACCUUACCCCUUUGGGAAUCCAGGGAUGGAUCCAAGAGAUUAUUGUCCAUUUGCCUAAUGCUUGUGCUGGAUGAUGGUGAUGUUGCAGUUCUGUUGGGAAUUGGCACUGGAGUGACAUUCAUAUCUCUCUUUCUUUUGGCUUUGAUUGCUAAGAAGUCAUUCAGGAAAAGGAUUAGCAUAGCAUGCAUUUCAGUGACACCAAAAUGGUUUUUUGAAGAUUAUCCUAAAGUGCAGAACAGCAGAGCUAUCAAAUUACUUCAGGAAAAAAAUGGUUCAGUGACACACAAUUCUAGUGGAUUAUUCUUGGAUUAUGAAGACACUGUCGUAACUGAAGUGGAAGAGACAUUGUUACACAAGGAGUAUAAGGCUUUUGGGGAGCAUAAGGAAACCAGGGAAACAGUUUCUGAGAAAGAGGUGCCAUUUGUCAACAAUUUUGACAUGACAGCAGGAAAUGGCUACAAACCUCAGGUUUCCAAUAAGACACCUUUAGAGAGUGUAUUCUGCAAUACUUCUGAAAUACAUUCUCAAAACACAGAUAUAACAUCAAACCUGCCAGCUUCAUCCACGAAUAUUUUAAUAAAAGAUUACACAAGUCCUAUGACCUCUUUAUGGCCUAUUGCUGACACCAAUGAAAAUACUUUUUCAUUUGAGAAGAUGAACCUCGUUUCGAACAAUAGUAGAAGUGAGCAGAGCAACAUGGUCAAUGCAACAGGUGAAGAAGAACCAAUGGAAACUCAGUGGAAGUUCCAUCUAUCAGAUGAUGAUAUUCAAGAACAGACUUUAAUACCAGAUGAGAUGCUCUCUUGCUUAAGAGUCAUGAAUGAAGAUUCUACAGAUUUUAUGUUGUAUUUUCCACAAACCAUUGCAAAGUGAUUUAAGUAGAUAUUCGUAGGACCAAAGAAUCAUCAUGUUAUCUUGCAACAAUGCCAUAUAACAUUGUUCUGUCCAUUCAAGUAGGAUCUCAGAUUUACUUGAACAUGCUUCUCAGUUCUUGAAUGAAAUCAAAAUAUGGUUGCAGUUGUAAGCAGUUACAGUAUUAAUCCCCCAUAUCAUUUCAUUCUGUUAUAAGAAUGAACAUACAAUACUGUUACAUACUGUAACAUACAAUCACAGUGUUGAAAGGUAUCAGAGAAAGCCAUCUAUACAAUCAUAUCCUAAAAAGCAGAAGUAUUCAUCCUUCAGCACCUUACAGAGAGUGACCUGUAGAACUGAAACUUCAGUGUGUCAAAAUCAGAAAUCAUGUUCAUUGCAGAAAGUACCUACAGAGCAAGCAAUUCCAAAUAACACAAGGUAGUGAGCCAAAGCAACAGCUUUUGAGUGAAGGCACAAAUAUCUCAGGAUCAGUAGCCAGUGUGUGACAAAGUAAAAAUUUAUUUCCAAAGCCAAGUUAUGAGGAUCAGCCAGAGCAAUGUGACCCAUGCUGCAGUCACAUGGAGGAAAUUUUAUUGAAGCACAUCGUCACCCAACACUCUUUCCCUGGUUGUGUCAGUUUCUGGUGCCUCAAAGAAAGGGAAAAUCAAGUUCCUGUGUUUCUAUCCAGUUUCUUCAUCCCAUAAAUAAAACAUG